CCUCAGCGUUUCUCUUCCCCUGCUUGCUCCUCUGUUUUUCUCAGGAAGGAGGGGUAUGGCAUUGGAGGCCGUGGUGUUCUCGGAAGGCUUCUUCGGCUGCCCCGCCAUGCCGGCGUCGGAAGGACCCUGGGGCGGGACAGCAGCUAGUAGCAGCAAUGCGUACGGCGCCAUCGAGGGGGUGCUGGAAUUGGACUACGGGGGCAACGCCUGCAGCUGGAGCGCCGCUGCGCCGGCGCCUGAAGAGCUCGCGGAGCCGGCGGCGUCGGGUGCGGGGAGGAGGAAGCGUCGCAGGGUUCGGAGCGUGAAGAACGUGGAGGAGGUGGAGAGCCAGCGGAUGACCCACAUCGCCGUCGAGCGCAACCGCCGCAGGCAGAUGAACGACUACCUCGCCGCGCUCCGCUCCCUCAUGCCGCCCUCCUACGUCCAACGGGGCGACCAGGCGUCCAUAAUCGGCGGCGCGAUCAACUACGUCAAGGAGCUGGAGCAGCUGCUCCAGUCCCUGCAGGCGCGCCGCCACGCCCGGCGCCCCAUCGGCACCGACGACAACACCUCCGCUGCCGCCGUGGCGCCCUUCGCCGACUUCUUCACCUUCCCGCAGUACACAAUGCGCGCCCCGGACGCGGCCGCAUCCGCGUCCGCGAACGACGCCGAAGCCGUCGCAGCCGGCAAUGCCGACGCCGACACCACCGAUAUCGCCGACGCGAUGGUUGCUUCGUCGGGCUCGAAGCAGUCGUCGGUGGCGGAGAUCGAGGUGACCAUCGUGGAGAGCCACGCGAGCCUCAAGGCGCUGACCCGGCGGCGGCCCAGGCAGCUGCUCAGGCUGGUCGCCGGGCUGCAGGGUCACCGGCUCGCCGUGCUCCACCUCAACGCCACCGGCGCCGGCCACAUGGCGCUCUACUCUCUCAGCCUCAAGGUGGAAGACGACUGCCGGCUCUCGUCGGUGGACGACAUCGCGGCGGCGGUCCACCGCAUCAUCGAGACGAUCGCGCAAGAGGAGCAGCAGCAGCUGAGCUGUAGCUAGGUUGAGUUCGUAGAUCAGUUUUUCUUUUCUUUUUCUUUUUCCGAAGCAAAUAUUGUUUUUAGCACUGCCAUUAGUUACGUAUUCACAGGCUACUUCUAGCUAGCUAUCCAUGUAAUGAAACUCUGUGUGCUCUGAUUUAGUGGUUUUGUACCCAUCUACGAA